UGCUGGGCGAUUUCUCCAGAUGAGGUAAUUGUGAGAAGAAAAUCGAACUACGCUAAAGGCCAGUUGUGUGUCCAUGAAGAGAAGCUGAGCAAUGGAAACACCAGGAGACGCUCCAGAGGGACAGAGACACGUCCGUCAGGAGAGACCUCCAUCACCUGUGCCCACUUGUGUGUCCAUGAAAAGUGACCGGUCGAAAGAGUACGGCAUCAACUUCCAGAAUGAAGAUGGUACAAAUGCAUCAAGAAGCCAAAUGGAGGAAUGUAAACCAGAUGCUGUCAGUGACCAGUUCACCCAGAGUCAACAUGGGGAUCUGAAGCACAUAUUCCAGGUGUUAGAGGAGAAGAUCAUCACCUUUGUGAAGAAUGAGCUGAAGAGAUUCAAGGGGAUGCUGAGUCCAGAUUACCAAGAAAACUUUGAGAGUGAAGAGGAGGAUGAGAGUGAUGCCAGAGAAGGGGCUCUGAAGAUGGCACUGCACUUCCUUAGGAAUAUGGAGCUGAAAGAUCUCGCUGACAAACUGCAAGAAAAGAUGUAUGGAGUUUGUCAGACUGAGCUCAAAAGAAAUCUCAAGAACAAGUACCAGAGUGUUUUCGAAGGAAUAUCCAAGCAAGGAAGCUCUGCUCUUCUAGAAAAGAUCUACACAGAGGUCUUCAUCACAGAGGGAGGAAGUGGAAAAGUAAAUGAAGAGCAUGAAGUCAGACAGAUUGAGGCAAGAUCCAAGAGACCAGAUGGACAGGAGACAUCAAUCAGAUGCAGUGACAUCUUUAAACCUUUACCUGGCCAAGACAAACCAAUCAGAAGUGUUGUCACAAAAGGAGUUGCUGGAAUUGGUAAAACUGUCUCAGUUCAGAAGUUCAUCCUGGACUGGGCAAAGGGGAAAGAAAACCAGAAUAUCCACUUCAUAUUUCCACUGCUUUUUAGGGAGCUCAACCUCAUGAGAGAAAAACAGCUCUCUUUGAUGGAUCUCCUCUACCACUUUUUCACAGAAAUAAAGCAGUUCACUUUUCCCAGCCAAGGGAAGUACAAAGUGUUGUUCAUCUUUGAUGGUCUGGAUGAAUGUCGACUCCAACUAGACUUUCAGAAUAAUGAAAGUUUGACUGAUGUGACAGAUGUCACCUCAUUGGACGUACUCCUGACAAAUGUCAUCAAGGGUAAUCUGCUCCCCUCUGCUUUACUUUGGAUUACCUCUCGACCAGCAGCAGCCAAUCAAAUCCCACCUGAGUGUGUUGACCGGGUCACAGAGGUACAAGGGUUCAAUGACCCACAGAAGGAGGAGUACUUCAGGAAGAGGAUCAGUGAUCAGAAUCUUGCCAGCAAAGUCAUCUCACACAUCAAAUUAUCAAGGAGUCUCUACAUUAUGUGCCACAUACCAGUGUUCUGCUGGAUUGCUGUUACUGUUCUUGGGGGGAUUCUUGGCUCUUUAGGAAGUGGACAGAUUCCAAAGACUUUGACAGAGAUGUAUACCUAUUUCCUUAUUUUCCAAACCAAACAGAGGAGCCUUAAGUUUGAAAGUGUGCAUGACCCUGCUCCACAGUGGAACCAGGAAGUAAUCCUUGGUCUCGGAAAGUUGGCAUAUGAACAGUUAGAGAAGGGAAAUCUGAUUUUUUAUGAAGAAGACCUAAAAGAGUCUGGCAUUGAUGUCAGAGAGGCAGCAGUGCGCUCUGGCAUCUGUUCCCAGAUCUUUCGAGAAGAAACAGGGCUUCGUCAGGAAAAUGUGUACUGUUUUCUGCAUCUGAGCAUCCAGGAGUAUCUUGCAGCUUUAUAUGCGCUUCUGAUGGAGGAAAGGAAAGACCUAAUUUCUCCAAAACAAGCCCUCAGAAAAGUCUUUCUGAAAAAGAUUCUGAAAAUGAGAUCAAUGCCAAAAUCCAUGUUCAUCUUACACAAAAGUGCCGUGGACAAAGCUUUGGAGCAUGAAGAUGGACGCUUUGACCUAUUUCUCCGUUUCCUUCUUGGCCUCUCUCUGGAGUCUAACCAGACUCUCCUGCAUGGCCUACUACAGAGAGGAGGAAAUAAUAUCGACAAUGAAGAAACAAUCAGUUACAUUAAGGAAAAGAUCAGGGAGGUUCCUUCCUCAGAAAGGGUGAUCAACCUCUUCCACUGUCUGAAUGAACUCAAUGAUCACUCCUUAGUGGAAGAGGUCCAGAGCUUCCUGAGUGCUGGGACACUUUCUGAAGCUGAACUCUCACCUGCCCAGUGGUCAGCUCUAGUGUUUGUGCUGCUGACAUCAGAACAGAACCUAGAUGUGUUUGACUUGAAGAAGUACAUCAGAUCUGAUGAAGCUUUCCUCAGGCUUCAGCCAGUAGUGGAGGAAUCUCAGAAGGCUCAGCUCAAUAGCUGUGGGCUCACUGAAAGGAGCUGUACAGCACUGGCAUGUAUCCUCAGCAAACCAUCUUCAAAACUGAAAAAUGUGGAUCUCAGUGAAAACAGUAUUGGAGAUAUUGGGGUCCAAGAACUCUGUAGUGGACUAAAGAACCCAAACUGUGCACUGGAGACACUCAGACUCUCAGACUGCAGUAUCACAGAGGAGGGCUAUGCUAGUCUGGCUUCAGCCUUGAGGUUAAAUCCCAAUCAUCUCAGAGAGCUGGAUCUCAGAGGAAAUGAUCCAGGGGAAUCAGGAGUCAAACUGCUUUUAGACCUAAAGGAGGACCCGCAGUGUAAAUUGAACAAUCUCAGGUUCCUGAAGGGGAGUGCUGCUGAGGAAGCCUGUGCUGCUGUGGGAAGUCCAAUACCCAGUUACACAGUGUAG